GCCACGGAGCACGGAGACGCAAUGUUUAUUGGAGCUUAUGAUUAAUUCUCUCUUUUUGUUCAUCUCUCUUUUAAAAAAAAAAAAACUAUUCUUCAUGCUGUCUGAGGGGAAAACGAUACUGGUGUGCAGAAGCAAGGAGAGGCUCACCUAGAAGAACAUCCAACACAGAUUGCACCAAACCGGUUCAAGUUGUACCUGUGUGGAGUAGAAAUACUCCCCCUGACCAGCGUGGACUAAUGAUGUCGCUAAUGGUUCACCUGAAGACGGUCGCUCACCUGCGGGGGAAAGGUGACAGGAUCGCUAAAGUUACAUUCAGAGGUCUGCCCUUCUUCAGCCGAGUGGCAGAGAACAGUGAGGAGGUGGCCAAUUUUAACGAGAUAUUUCGAUGGCCCAUCGCCAGCAAGCUGGAUGGAAACGAGAUGCUGGAGAUUCAAGUGUUCAACUACAGCAAAGUCUUUUCCAACAGACUGGUGGGAACCUUUUGUAUGGUUCUUCAGAAGGUGGCUGAAGAGGGACACCUAGAGAUCACUGACACACUCAUCGACGAUAACAACACGUCAAUAAAGACUAGCGUCACGAUAGAGAUCAGAUACCAGCCCAUGGACGGCACAGUGGGAGUGUGGAGUGACGGGGAGUUCCUGGAUGUUCCGGAUGACCGUGAUGGGAUGUUUGCUUUUGAAACAGACAGCCUGCUGUCAGGACAAAGUCACGGAUCAGGAGCCUCUCCUGGGAGAUCUCUACAGGGAUCCAUACCCACCUUUAGGAACAAAGGAAAAGAAAAGAAAGUCAGAAACGGAGCAGGGAAAGGAGUUUUCUCAGCCAUGAAGCUCGGCAAGAUCAAGAGCUCUAAAGACGAUCACAGGAGAGCAGACGAGCCAGCGGUCCUGGACAUGGAGGACCUGGAUAAGAAGGCAAUGCGCCUGGCAGGAACCCUGGACCCUGACACCAUCUCUCUGGCCUCUGUCACUGCUGUCACCACCAACGUCUCCAACAAGAGGUCGAAGCCAGACAUCAAGAUGGAGCCAAGUUCUGGACGACCAGUUGAUUAUCAGAUCAGCAUCACAGUGAUCGAGGCCCGGCAGCUGAUAGGCCUCAACAUGGACCCUGUGGUGUGUGUGGAGAUCGGAGAUGAUAAGAAGUACACGUCUAUGAAGGAGUCAACUAACUGCCCGUAUUACAAUGAGUAUUUCGUCUUUGACUUCCACGUCCCACCUCAUGUCAUGUUUGACAAGAUUAUCAAGCUAUCAGUCAUUCACUCUAAAAAUCUUCUUCGGAGCGGGACCUUGGUUGGAACCUUCAAGAUGGACGUUGGGACUGUUUACUCUCAGCCCGAACAUCAGUUUUACCACAAGUGGGCCAUCAUGUCUGAUCCUGAUGACAUAACAGCGGGGUGUAAAGGAUAUGUAAAGUGUGACAUCGCUGUGGUGAGCAAAGGUGACAACAUUAAGACCCCGCACAAGGCCAAUGAGACGGAUGAAGACGACAUAGAGGGAAACCUACUUCUACCUGAGGGCAUCCCAGCAGAGAGGCAGUGGGCAAGAUUUUAUGUUAAGAUUUACCGCGCAGAAGGUCUUCCUAAAAUGAACACCAGCAUCAUGGCUAAUGUGAAGAAGGCCUUCAUAGGAGAGAACCGAGACCUGGUGGACCCUUACGUUCAAGUGCAGUUUGCUGGGCAAAAAGGUAAGACUUCAGUCCAGAAGAGCAGUUAUGAGCCUAUCUGGAACGAGCAGGUCGUCUUCACGGAGCUCUUCCCUCCACUAUGCAAGCGCAUGAAGGUCCAGAUACGAGACUCAGAUAAGGUCAACGACGUUGCCAUCGGGACUCACUUUGUUGACCUACGCAAGAUAUCAAACGAUGGUGACAAAGGUUUUCUGCCCACUUUUGGUCCAGCUUGGGCCAACAUGUACGGCUCCACUCGUCAGUACACUCUGAUGGAUGAACACCAAGACCUGAACGAGGGUCUCGGGGAAGGUGUGUCCUUCAGAGCCCGUCUUUUGCUUUCCAUCGCUGUAGAGAUCCUAGACACAACAUCACCUGAGAUCAUAAGCUCCACUGAGGUGCAGGUGGAGACAGUCUCCAACAUCUCAGAGAGCGCCACUGGUAAAAUGGAUGAGUUCUUCCUCUUCGGUUCCUUCCUGGAGGCCACAAUGGUCGACAGGAAGAUCGGUGACAAGCCCAUCAGUUUUGAAAUCACAAUUGGUAACUAUGGCAACCAGAUAGAUGGUGUAAGCAAGCCUUCUUCGGGGAAGAAGAAGAAGAAGGAUGGAGAUGAAGAAGAAGAGAACGAGCUCAUCCAGAACUCCAGUGAGGAUGAGGCGGAUGAGGACGGGGACCUGGUCUCCGUCUCCACCACGCCUCUUAUGAGGCCCGUCAUCACAGACAGGAAUUACUUCCAUCUUCCUUACUUUGAAAAGAAGCCCUGUGUCUACAUCAAGAGCUGGUGGCAGGACCAGAGAAGACGACUCUACAACUCAAACAUGAUGGACAAGAUCGCUGAUAAGCUGGAGGAGGGUUUGAAUGAUGUUCAGGAGAUCAUUAAGACAGAGAAGGCUUUUCCAGAGCGCAGACUCAGGGGAGUGCUGGAGGAGCUCAGUGUCGGCUGCAGCCGUUUUGUGAUUCUGGCUAACAAAGAUGUCAACCAGGCAGGAAGAACCAAACUGGAUCGGGAGCGGCUCAAGUCCUGCAUGAGAGAGAUGGACAGCAUGGCCCAGCAGACCAAGCAGAUCCGGACUCAGGUGAAGAAAAACACAGUCAAAGACAAACUCAAGCUGGUGCAAAACUUCCUGCAGAGGCUCCGAUUCCUGGCCGACGAGCCUCAGCACAGCAUCCCAGAUGUCUUCGUCUGGAUGAUGACCAACAACAAGCGCAUCGCCUACGCCCGGAUUCCCUCCAAAGACAUUCUGUACUCCAUAGUGGACGAGGAGACGGGAAAAGACUGCUGCAAAGUCAAAGCUGUCUUCCUCAAGCUGCCGGGUAAGAAGGGAUUUGGUCCUGCUGGCUGGACGGUUCAGGCUAAGCUGGAGUUGUAUCUGUGGCUCGGCCUCAACAAGCAGAGGAAAGACUUCCUCAACGGUCUGCCCAAUGGUUUCGAAGAGGUCAAAGCUGUUAAAACCGGCCCUUGUCUUCAAGCUGUCCCUCCUGUUUGCCUCAUCUACGGCACCAAGCAGGUGUUCCAGCUGCGAGCGCACAUGUACCAGGCCCGCAGUCUGUUUGCAGCUGACAGCAGUGGCCUUUCAGAUCCCUUCGCUCGGGUCUUCUUCUCCACACACAGUCAGGUCACUGAGGUCCUAAGCGAGACACUUUGUCCAACAUGGGAUCAGCUGCUGGUGUUCGACGACGUGGAGCUUUUCGGGGAGGCCAGUGAGCUGAGAGACGACCCACCGAUCAUCGUAGUGGAAAUCUAUGACCAGGACACUGUGGGCAAGGCAGAGUUCAUAGGUCGGACGUUUGCAAAGCCCACCAUCAAGAUGUGCGAGGAGUACUACGGCCCCCCGAGGUUCCCUCCACAGCUGGAGUACUACCAGGUGUACCGAGGAAACUGCACUGCCGGGGAGCUGCUGGCAGCGUUCGAGCUGCUGCAGAUACCUUUUGAUGAAGAAUCGAUUAGGCGAGCUCUGAUCGCCGUCCAUAACUUUGCUGUGCCUCAAAUAAAGAUUGGUCAAGGAGGAAAGGCCGAUCUUCCUCCCCUUGAAGGGCCGACGGACUCGGAGCAUGGACCCAUCCUGCCCGUGCCGUUGGGAAUCCGGCCUGUUCUGAGUCGCUACCGCAUAGAGGUUUUGUUCUGGGGCCUACGAGACCUGAAGAGGAUCAACCUGGCUCAGGUAGAUCGGCCGCGUGUGGACAUAGAGUGUGCGGGAAAAGGUGUGCAGUCUGCUCUCAUCCAGAACUACAAGAAAAACCCAAACUUCAGCACCCUGGUGAAAUGGUUCGAGGUGGACCUUCCAGAGAAUGAGCUGCUCCACCCUCCUCUCAACAUCCGGGUGGUGGACUGCAGGGCAUUCGGCCGUUACAUCUUGGUGGGGUCUCAUGCUGUCAGCAGCCUGAGACGCUUCAUCUACAGCACCCCGGACAAGACCUCCAACAACUGGGCCACUGCAGCUAAGCUAAUGAAUGGCUACAUGGUCCUCACAAAUGGCGGCUCCCAGCCUCGCUCCUCACCCAGCCUUUCCUCCCGCACCUUCUCUCGCCCCGCAGGUGACCUCAUCGUCAACAUGGGCUCUGAUCCCUCGAUCCGAAAGAUGGACACAGUUGUCAAGUUGGACGCCACAUCUGACGCUGUUGUAAAAGUUGACAUGACUGAGGAGGACAGUGACAAGGACAAGAAGAAGAAGAAGAAGAAAAAGAAGGGAGGUGCAGAAGAAGAGGAGGAGACGGAUGAGAGAAUGUUGGACUGGUGGUCCAAAUAUUUUGCAUCAAUAGAGACACUAAAGGAGACACUCCGGGCACAGGAGGCGGCUCAGGCUGAGGCGGAGGAGAGAGAGGACCUAGAGAUAGCUGCAGAGGCAGCAGAUUUCAAACCUGAUGACCUUCUUCUGAAAGGCUCCAAGACAAAAGAAAAGAGCAAAGAGAAGAAAGGCUUCAAGGACAAGAAGAAGGGCCAGGCUGCAGAAGGCGCAGAGAAAAAACCUGUCAAAGCAAAAGUGGAUGAGCUGAUGGUGUACAACAAGGAGCUGGAGACUGAGUAUGGAAACUUUGAAGACUGGCUCCACACUUUCAACCUGUACAGAGGGAAAGCCGGGGACGAUGACGAACACGCUCUGGAUGAUGACAGGAUCGUCGGCAGAUUCAAGGGAUCCUUGUGUAUGUACAAACUACCUCUGUCUGAGGAGAUCACGAGGGAGGCAGGAUUUGAUCAGACCAUGGGAAUGUUUCAGAACAUUCCCCACAACGAUCCGAUCAACGUUCUUGUGCGUGUGUAUGUGGUCCGGGCUACAGAUCUUCAUCCUGCUGACAUCAACGGGAAGGCUGAUCCAUACGUUGUCAUCAAGCUGGGCAAGUCAGAGGUCAAAGAUAAAGAGAACUACAUCUCCAAACAGCUCAAUCCAGUGUUUGGAAAAUCAUUCGACAUCGAGGCUACGUUCCCCAUGGAGUCCAUGUUGACGGUGUCAGUGUACGACUGGGAUUUGGUUGGAACUGACGAUCUGAUUGGAGAGACGAAGAUUGAUUUGGAGAAUCGUUUCUACAGUAAAUACAGGGCAACCUGCGGGAUUUCAUCCAACUACUCCGUCCAUGGGUACAAUGUUUGGCGAGACCCCCUGAAGCCCAGUCAGAUCCUGGCAAAGCUCUGCAAGGACGGCAAGAUCGAUGGGCCUCACUACGGUCCGGGAGGAAAAGUCAAGGUGGCCAGUCGAAUCUUCAUGGGACCCACUGAGAUCGAGGAUGAAAAUGGUCUAAAGAAGCAGACUGAGGAGCAUUUGGCGCUGACAGUGCUGAAUCACUGGGAGGAGAUCCCGCGGGUGGGCUGCAAGCUCGUCCCUGAACACGUGGAGACCAGACCCCUGCUGAACGCAGACAAGCCCGGCAUUGAACAGGGCCGCAUUGAGAUGUGGGUAGACAUGUUUCCGAUGGACAUGCCUGCUCCUGGACCUGCAAUUGAAAUUUCACCACGGAAACCAAAGAGAUAUGAGCUCAGGGUGAUUAUUUGGAAUACAGACGAAGUAAUUCUGGAGGACGAUGAUUACUUCACUGGGGAAAAGUCCAGUGACAUAUUUGUCAGGGGAUGGCUAAAAGGGCAGCAGGAGGACAAGCAGGACACAGAUGUGCACUAUCACUCUCUGACUGGCGAGGGGAACUUUAACUGGCGCUUUGUGUACCCCUUCGAUUACCUCAUGGCUGAGGAGAAGAUCGUCAUCUCAAAGAAAGAGUCCAUGUUCUCUUGGGAUGAGACGGAAUAUAAGAUCCCUCCUCGCCUCACGAUGCAGGUCUGGGAUGCUGAUCACUUCUCUGCAGAUGACUUCCUGGGUGCGAUUGAGCUGGAUCUAAACCGGUUCCCCCGUGGUGCCAAGACAGCCAAGCAGUGCUCCCUCAACAUGAUCCGAAAUGAACAAGAGCUGCCGACCAUCUCCAUCUUCAAACAGAAGAGGGUGAAGGGGUGGUGGCCGUUUGUAGCCCGAGAUGAGAAUGAUGAGAUGGAGCUCACGGGUAAGGUAGAGGCGGAGCUUCAUCUGGUGACAGCAGAGGAGGCAGAGAAGAGUCCUGUAGGUCUGGGGCGAAAUGAGCCUGAUCCUCUGGAGAAACCAAAUCGGCCAGACACCACCUUCCUGUGGUUCCUGAGUCCACUGAAAGCCAUCCGCUACCUGGUGUGCAACCGCUACAAGUGGCUGAUCAUCAAGAUUGUGCUGGUCCUGCUGCUGCUCAUCAUGCUGGGCCUCUUCCUCUACAGCAUGCCGGGCUACCUCGUCAAGAAGCUACUGGGGGCCUGAGAGGC